AUGGCCGAAAGGGCCGGGAAAGGCAAGCAACUGCCGAAGAGGCAGAGGCCCUCGCGACUCAGAAAUGAAGUACGCCAGGGGUCAACCGAUGAUGAACGGGAGCACAAGAAGCACGCCAUCCAGGUUCCCAAUAGCGAUGCGGUGGUUCCCGAGACUCAGCCCGAUCACGACGAAUACUUCAAUGAUGAUGGUCAUGGUCCUGAAAACGAGUCGGAGUUCACUCUGAGUCCCAAUUCUCUGGCCCUCCUGGAACGUACUGCAGUGACGAAGAAGGCUGAAGCAGUCGAGUUUAUUCCGUUCACUUUCAAGCCUCUCUCUAGAAGUGCCUUCCCACUGAGUAAUAGCUCUGCAUCAGCAGGUCCACACCCAUCCGUUCCUCGGUUCAAAACAACAAAAAAGGUUCCCAAAAAACCCUCCCGGAAAGAAGAAGACAAUGCCGAAGAGUCUAUUACUCAUAACGCAUUGACGAUACCUGAUGACCAAGAGCACAGUGUACAUGCAUCUCAUGAUGUCUCUACCAUCGCGGAGGCUGCAUCUGCCGCACCACCACUUCAACCGGCCGACGACCGCCACAAUAGACCAGGCACUGCGACGUCCCAAGAGAUGAUUUUGUUUUACCCGCCCGUCGCCGAAAAAUUACAGCAAGAGCCUGGUCACCCUUUACCUAUACAAGGGGAUACGGGGUCUGACGUUCCACAGUCAGCACAGCUCGAUGCGAGACAUAAGUCUGGAAUUAGCAAGGCCUGCAGUGUCAAGAAGAGUAAGAAGGGCAGGAGAGGACAGCUUUCUCAGCAGCGCGAAGCGCCACAUCCCCCUGGAUCAAGGCUCAUGCCACGCUACACCCAUCAGGCCGGCACGACUGGUGGACCAGUACCUGGGACGUUCGCCGAAUCUCAACGCCUCUCUCAGAUAGAAACCAAGGACAAUCGAGUACAUGCAUCCCGCGCUUAUGCAGUGCAAGCGCUUGCUCCCACCAACGAUCGACAUGAGCAUGCAUAUGCUCAAGAAUCUCAAUUGCCAAACGAAGGGCAUGGAUGCAUUUCUUACAACAAGGAGUCUUGCGAUAAUACACUAAGCCUCCUGGAUACCACGUUUGAAGAUUUCCAAGACCCCUCUGCUCAAUGUGAGUUUCCUACACCUUCCGUGCGAAUUCCAUCGACCUUGCCACCGCAGCAUGAUGUAACUGAGCCAGAGCGACUACCGUUGGCAAUGAUCCAGGGUCAAGCUGGCAGCCCCUGUCCCGAAGAACAUGCUAUAAUCUCGACUCAGGCUUCUGGUUUCUAUGUCCAGCCCAACAGCCAUGGACUAGUUGAUAUACCGGCUGUGUCGACUCAGUCUCACCAGACGGAAUUACAUGCGAGCAAUCAUCAGGUCGAAUCUCAGCCAAGGGAUGUUGACACUGCGCUGCAUGGCAUCUCCAACCGAGACCGUCCUCCUCGCGUGGCCAAAUCACGACGAAAACCACGAACUAGUGGACCAAUGUCGCAUGAUCUCCAAGAACAGGCAACGUCUCAUAGUAUCGAGCACGCAUUGGAGAACGUGAGAGUAGCAAUGCUUGCAAACAAGUAUCAAGCGCAGCAUAAGACCACAGUGAUCGCCCAGCAACACAAGGCAGAGGUUGCUGAGCUCCAACACACGAUUGAUAACCAGACCCAGUCCAUCGCAGAGCAUGACAUAAAUGACCGAAACCUGAGAGAAGCUCUCAAUCAGCUCACUAAUACGGCCAAGACCAACCAGAGGUUCGUCACAGGCCUUCAGAAAGAUUACGAGACACUGCAAAAGUCUGCGACAAACUUCCAGAAACAAAGCAAAGAGACCUUGAGAGCGAAGAUUACCGAACUCGAGGAUGAAAGGCAGGCGCUGCAGCAAGAGUUCCUGACUGUUACUGAUAAACUCACCGCAACGCAACGGAAGAUGAAGUCAACGCUUGACGACGUCUACGUGCGUUUUGUCAUAUCGGAGUCGAAGAGGAAGGAUCUGGCUGAAAACCUAGACAAGCAGGAUGCUGUACUGAAGGAAGAGCGAAGAAAGCGCGACGAAAUGGAGCAGCAACAUCUGUCCGGCGUCCGGAAUAUCCCUCGUCAAUUUGUCGACAGUUUUGACACUCUUAUCAAGAAGCUUGAAUUGCUCCAGACCUCACUCAACAAUGUCACGACUGACGAUAGUCGGGAUGGUCAGAUUGAGGAGUGUUUAGAUGCCUUGCAAACCCUUCGACUGACGCCUGCUUUGACAAUGCAAGGUAUUGAGAAGUUGGAAAGCACGUUGCGUCUCGUACGCGAACGUCUGGACUCGGGACUGAAUAAUCUUUCCGAAACCAUGAAGUGCAGAGCAGCGCCUGAUGCAGAGCUCCAAAAGUUUAUCAAAGAACAACUGCACAGUCUUCAGACAGAAAUGCUGAGGUAUGAAGAUGUCACAGUUGAGAAUCGCAAGACGCAGCAGUUGAACGCGUCUCUCAAGACGCAACUCGAAGCGCAGCAACAACACUCCAACCGACUAGACAAGCAGAUCAAGAGUUUUCAACAGGCCGAAAUCAAUUUCAAGGCCCGCUACGACCAGCUGGAAUGCGACCUGAAUGAACCAAGAGAUGCUCUACCUGUCGACACAUUAGAGCUUGAGCAAGAGGUUUUUGACCUCCGCCAACAGUUGAAGAAGGUCGAAGAAGAUCUAGGAGCAGCCAAUACCAAAGUCGAGAAGAUCGAGCGGGAGAGGGAUACAUAUAAAGGCUACUACAAAGACGUCAAGGCGGAGCUGCAGGAAUUCCAGCAGAAGCCUAUGGUCCAAGAUGAUACCGCUGUACGAAAGGAGAUUGUAAAGGAUUGCGAGAGCAAAUUCGCGGAGAAACAGCACAGCUUCAGGAGCGAAAUCCACCGGCUUACGAUUGAGUCCGACGAGAAGGAGAAGACACUCCAACAGCUGAGCAACAAGUUGGAUGCUGUGGGUAUCCAACUGGAUGAGCUGAGUGAAAAGAUCCAAACGCUCGAAUCGGAGUUGGUUGAAAAGUCAAACCUCCGUGAACAGCUACGAACCACGACGGAAGUGCUCCAUACUAAUGAUCGAGACUACGUCGAGUUGAGCCGUCAACACAAGGAGAAGGCUCAGAAGAUGCUAGAGCUGCAAGGUGUGUAUGAUAGACUCCAGGCUCAAACAGCACAGCAACAAGCGGCCGUACAAACUGUGCGUCGAGAAGCUGAUAGUACACUUGCAAAAGAGCGACAAGAUGCAAGCGAUAUGUUUCAACUAUCUUUCGAUCAGGUCACGAGCCUACAGGAGGGGAAAAAGAAUCUGUCAACUCGACUCGACUCGGUUCAGAUAAGCGAGGGCAAACUACAACAUGAGGCCACCGAACCACAUGCUGCAAAAGAGGCAAAUAUAUCUCGAGUGGAAAUGGAAGCUGGAGUAGAGAACUGGAAGCUAGUCGAACAGCAUCGCAUCGAGAUUGAUGACUGGAAACGCCGUAUGAGCCAGAAAGAUAUGGCCUUCAGGGAAGUAGAAGCAAAGUUGCGGCUCGCGGAAGACGAGCAUAGAGCCAAGACUGCAGCCGACCGCGAAGCGGCAGAGUCAAACAUGCUAAAACUCGAACAGAAGUAUCGAGACUCACUUCGGGUGGUACUCGAACAGGGUAGUCUCAAUCAGCAGGGCGGCCUUCAGCUACAGGUUGCCAAUAAUACUUCCACACAAUCAAGUGUGAUCACACAGGCAGUGAAGUCUCGGAAGAAGGUCACCCGGCAAAACCAUUCGUUGCUCGAAGUCCCUCAGGAACAGAACCAUCGUUCUGAGAAGCCGUCUUCAAUUUUCAACGCUGAGGUUAUUCAAACUCAGCUCGAAGACGAUGAUCUGUUUGCGACCCAGUUCGAAGAGCAAGGCGAGAUCAACUACACUCCCAACGAUGCAGACAGCGUUGAUGAUGAGCCUGGAACCGCCACAGAAAGCCAGGAUAUUGGAAAUCUGACCAUGACACAGGACGCUUUCAAUGAUGAUUUGUUACGAGCGUCACAGCAACAGCUUAAGCAUCAAGUCUCGAGCUCCACCGAGCUCAGUAGCAUGUCCACUGAUGAGCUAACGAUGAUGGAAAAGACCCAACCUGUGUCGAAUGUUAUGCUGCAAGGCUACGACCAUGGUAUUUCCAAUCGUGGCAAUACAUCUUAUAAGCUUUCCCGGACGCUGGAUGAAACUCAACGUGUACCGCCUACCAUGUCUCGGAGCUAUGGUCGUGAUCCUUUCAAUAAUUUUACAGUUCCAACCAAUGCGGAAGUCAUGUCAGCAGUCGACAACGAGUCUGUGGCCGGCUCUCAGUCAUCUCGAUCCUCUGGACGAGCAAAAUCGCAAGCCAACACAGCAUCUCGGAUGAUGCCGCCUCCCAGUAAGAACUCCGGUCACUCUCAGCCAGGUAUUGCUAGUCAUACGGCAGAUCUCAGAGCCUCAACUCAGCAUACCAUGCACGACAAGGCCGAUCUGAAGUUGAGCGGCAGUGACUCCAGGCUUUCGAAUCCGUCGUCAAAGCAAACCUACAGUGGGCAUGAUCCUCGAGGCUCUGCCCAGACCGGAUCUCAGCAUGGUUCCUCACAAAACAUGAUGCAAGAUCACGCGAAGAAGCGAGAAAGUAGCAUUGAGCAAACUGAAAGAGAUUCAGCCACUAAAAGGCAGCGUACCAGAUCUCAAACUCGCCCCUUGGACUCCUCCCCUGGUCUUCCAAGCCAGAUUCCCCAUGUCUCAGUUCCUCGCCCAGGAGCACAGAAGAAUAUGUCAUAUAUCCAAGGCAGUGCUUCAACUUCGUCCCGAUCGAAAGCUCAGGUAUCCUCUUCCCGUGUUCGUGGUCGCAUCUCCCGUCAGACCCCGUCUUCCGGUGGCGCAUACUCCCCUCGUAGCCAGUUUUCGUCACAGGUAGUUGCUAGUGGUCCGACCCGUUCCUCCUCCCGUCUCACAAGGAGCAACAACAGGAACGACACCGCAUUCAGGGACGGCUUCAACGAGCGCUUCAACGAGAAGCUGGACUAG